AAAAGAUAAAAUGCUAUUUUGAUCAUUUUAGUUUUUGAGUGCUAUUUUUGUGAUAUAAACUUAGAAAUGCGCUAUUUUGGAGAUUUGCCCUAAAUAAAAACAUUUCGCAUUAGUCUUCAAUCAUUUAUCUGAGUUUUCCCUCUGCUACAAAGAAGAACCCUUUAAAAUAUAAUAUCAAAAUUCUAUCGGGUGGGAAAAUACGAAGGAUGGCGGUUUCGAAGAAAUGGGCAUCGACAAUCUCCGUCGUCGCUUCAUCUCUGUUUGCAUUCAUCAUCGUCUUCCAGAUUCCUCUCUUCCGAGUAGCGUGCAGGAACAAGACCUGCGAAUCACCACUGGAGGUUAUAUCCUCUCAGUUGGUUGGAAGCGAAUUCGUUCCUCCACCACUUGUCAAGACUCUCCUUUAUCCUGGUGCCACUGCCAUGUCCCUUCUCUGUGGCUCUCCACUCCCAAGCUACCACAACUUGUUCCACUUUUACCAUUUCGACCAGCUCAGUAGACCCUCCUCCUCUCUUUCAACCGAUGAUAUCCGCCAUCUAGAGGUGUUUGCUGGGUGUUGUUUAUGUCUGCUUGGAGCUUUACUCAGCAUCUUCAAACCCAUAAGACUAACCUUCAUUGGCACGCUCUUGAUCUAUUGGGGUCUUCUCAGAGACAUUCUCCUAUUCAACUCCUCUGUUCGUGUCUACCCAACGCUCUUUCUCGCUUCACUCUCUGCUUUCCUCUCCAUACGAAGCGACGUCAGGAAGAUCAUCCAAUGUUGUUGUUGCACUUCUAAGCCCCUUUCCAAAUCUCUCUGACCCUACAUGAGUAAAAACUAGACUAGUCUUCUAACUUAGAGAUCCCAAAGAGGUAGAAGAAGUCACUAUUAUUACUUUCUUAAACAUCAUAUCAUCAGCGAAACAGUUAAACAAAACUGCUUAGAAUCUUUGUUACAAUCAUCAUAUGCAUAUUUAUAUAUAUUUGAUACAAAAUAUCUCUUGGGAUAAAGUUAAUCUUAUCGGACAGAACAAACCAACAAUGCUACACUUGGGGUAAACUAGCAAGAGAUGCCUGAUUAUGAUACAAUUCAAAAGAUAACAUAUGUCCAAAUAGCA